UUAGAGUUCAAAUUCUUGUGCUAUCAAAGUACCAGUUUCACAUAGCUAUAGGUUUUUCCAUGUACUCCAUGAAAUAAUCAGUAGGGAAUCCUCGAUGGCACGGUUUGUAGACUGCGAACAGUUUUUUGUGUUACAACGACGUUUUGUGCUGAAAAUGAAGGCAGUGUUGGUAUAAUUAUGUGGAUAGUUAGCAAGAUUUGUUCUGUGUAGUGAGUGCUGGGUUAUGUGCGUGUGUCUUUGGAUUUUCGCGUGUGUUAGAAGACUUGAGUUCCAUGCGAUCGGCUAGAUCACCCUUAAAGAUCGAGAGGCGCACGCGCAGUCUGGGUGAUGUUGCGUCAACAUGUCCCGUUGGUUGUGGCUGCUGCUGCUGGAGCUUGUCGCCGCUUUGUCGCCGGUCGUUAAGAUUGGGGCGAUUUUCACGGAAGAAGCGCGCGGGGGCAGCGCGGAGCUUGCCUUCAAAUACGCGGUGUAUCGGAUCAACAAGGAAAGAAGUCUCCUGCCCAAUAGUACCCUGGUGUAUGAUAUACAGUACACACCGGCGAGAGACUCGUUUAGGACUUAUAAGAAAGCCUGCACCCAGAUUAAGUCGGGAGCCGUGGCCGUGUUCAGCAGCUGCGGGCCGCUGCCGGGCGCGGCCCUCGGCGCGGUGUGCCGCUCCAUGCACGUGCCGCAUCUGGUCGCAGCGCCAGGCACCCACGACCUGGCUGACGACCACUCAGACUUCACUAUAAACCUCCACCCGCCUCGGGAGGUGAUGGACCGAGCCUUCCUGGACCUGACUGCGUACCUCAACUGGACUAGGAUGGGGAUCAUCUACGAGGACUAUGGAUACGGCCAACUAAACGUGUUAAACAUAGCCAAAGAUGGCCGCGACAUGUAUGCUGUAGGAUGCAACACGCCAGACGAGUAUCGUCGUGCACUCGCGCAGUUGAAGGCGCAGAACAUAGCACGGGUCAUUGUUGAUACUGACCCGAGUCGAAUACAACACGGCGGACGAGAGUAUCGUCGUUCGCUCGCGCAUUUGAAAGCGCAGAACAUAGCACGGGUCAUUGUUGAUACAGACCCGAGGCGGGUCCGGCAGCUGGCCAGAGCUAUUUUACAGCUGCAAAUGAAUAACGAGGAAUACCAUUACAUCUUCACAUCUUUUGACAUGGAACUAUUCGACCUGGAGGAUUUUUACUACAACCGAGUGAACAUCAGCGGCUGGCGACUGGUGGACCGGGAUUCGGACAAAGUUAAAGAAGCUCUCCAGGUCAUGGAGAAGUUCCAUCCCAUUGGAGCGUCUAUACUGAGUGGGGGGCAUAUUAAGACUGAACCAGCUCUGCUCUACGACGCUGUGCAAGUUCUAGCACUGGCACUGUCGAGCACUGAGAAGAUUCACACCACGAAUGUGAGCUGUGACAAGGAAAUACCUUGGAGUAAUGGGAAGGCUUUACUGGAGAACAUUAAUACGAUAAAAGCCCACGGCCUAACAGGCCCGAUAGAGUUCAAGAACGGCUCCCGGAGUAAGUUUAACCUCCAGCUGAUGAGGCUGGCAGGGGGGGAGGAUGGGGGGGCGGUCCUGGCUGGUCACUGGGACCCGGUUGAGGGACUGACAAUCACCGACCCUGCUGCGUAUAGGAGGGACCCUCCGCCUAAUGUGACGCUGACUGUGGUAACCGUAGAGGAAAAGCCCUACGUAAUGGUCAAAGAAGGCUGGAACCUCCAAGGCAACGCCCGGUUCGAGGGCUUCUGUAUAGACCUGCUUGCCCGGGUGGCGGCGAGGGCCGGGUUCCAUUACCGGCUGCGGCUCGUCCCGGAUAACAUGUACGGGGCCCGGGAUCCGGAUACGGGACAGUGGAACGGGAUUGUGAGGGAGCUGAUGGAUAGGAAAGCAGACAUUGCUGUGGCAUCCAUGACAAUCAAUUACGCCAGGGAAGCCGUCAUUGACUUCACCAAGCCUUUCAUGAACCUCGGCAUCGGGAUUCUGUUCAAGGUCCCGACCUCCCAGCCCACCAGACUGUUCAGCUUCCUCAACCCGCUGGCGAUAGAGAUCUGGCUGUACGUCCUCGCUGCUUAUGUCCUGGUGUCGUUCACUCUGUUCGUGAUGGCCAGGUUCUCACCAUACGAGUGGUCAACCAGCACCCACGUCUGCGGGCACGAGACGAAGCUCCUGACGAACCAGUUCAGCGUUUGCAACUCCUUCUGGUUCAUCACGGGCACCUUCUUGAGGCAGGGGUCUGGUUUGAACCCUAAGGCAACCUCAACCAGAAUAGUGGGCGGGAUCUGGUGGUUCUUCACCCUCAUCAUCCUGUCCUCCUACACGGCGAACCUCGCAGCCUUCCUGACUGUGGAGAGGACAGUCCUCCCCAUACAGAGUGCCGCGGACUUGGCCGCCCAGACCAGUAUACAGUACGGCACUCUGAAUGGAGGGUCGACGAUGACGUUUUUUCGGGACUCCAACAUCGAUAUCUAUCAGAAGAUGUGGCAGCACAUGUCCACAGCAUCUCCUCCGGCUCUGGUCUCGUCAUACGAGGAGGGGGUGAGGAGAGUGUUGGGAGGGAACUACGCGUUUCUCAUGGAGUCGACGAUGCUGGACCAUAGAGUCCAGAGGGACUGUAAUCUGACGCAGAUCGGGGGACUGCUGGACUCUAAGGGCUACGGCAUAGCGACAUGGAAAGGCAGUCCGUGGCGCGACAAAAUCUCCCUGGCCAUCCUGGAACUCCAGGAGAAGGGAGUCAUCCAGAUCCUGUACGACAAGUGGUGGAAGAACACGGGAGACGUCUGCAAUAGGGAUGGAAAGGACAGCAAGGCGAAUCCUUUGGGUGUGCAGAAUAUAGGUGGCGUAUUUGUCACACUUCUGUGUGGACUAGCACUGGCCAUAAUGGUGGCCAUUUUAGAGUUCUGUUGGAACACGAAGAAGAACGCUUCGCAGGGGAGACAGUCUCUGUGCAGUGAGAUGGGACAGGAGCUGAGGACGGCCAUGCGAGGCGGUUCGUCCAGCAGAACAGUCCUCAGACCUGGAUGCUCGAGGUGUUCCCCAGCCACACACGUGCCUCCAGCGCCCAACCGAUAUGAGGUGACAUGGAGUCCCGAUCAUUACUGCCGAACGGAAAGGGUAGAAUCUGAUUUUGGAGUUUUGGAAGAGAUCCAAGACGCGCCGAGCAACACGGUGGAACUAAAGGAGCUGCGGUGGUCGUAGCGGAAC